AAAAAAAUAUUGGGAACAGGAAAAAAAACAUAUUUUGAUUAAAGCUGGAUAGCGGCAUUGACUUUGACAUUUUCAGGAGCUAAUGAUGAUGAGCUCCUUGAUUUUGGGUCAUAUAUAUAGUUAGAGAAACCUUUCAGCAGGUAUAACUUUUUAGGAAGUUAAUGCGUCCAGUCAUGUCACAUUUCUGGACUUUUUGGCUGCUGCUUUGUGUUACGGGGAUCCUGGGUCAGGCUCAUGCUGAGAAUGGGAAUGAAUCGGAGAUAGAACCCCGGAUUGUGGGCGGAACCAAGGCCAAGGAGGGUCAAUUUCCCCACCAGAUUUCCCUGCGUCUCCGUGGAGAACAUUUCUGCGGUGGCGUCAUAAUCUCGAGCACCCACGUCAUCACCGCAGCCCAUUGCGUAAAGCAUGGAGAUAGUGUAGUUCCGGCUGACCUCUGGACGGUCCAGGCGGGCAGUCUACUCCUCUCCAGCGGCGGAGUAUCGAUUCCAGUGGCCACCGUCACCGUGCAUCCCAACUACAAUCGACGAGGUCACGAUCUGGCCGUGCUCCGCCUGCAGAGUCCCCUGACCUUUGACCCCAACAUAGCCGCCAUCCAACUGGCCAGCGAGGAUCCGCCCCACGGAGCCACCGUGGACAUUUCCGGAUGGGGACAGAUCUCCCAAAACGGACCCUUCUCCAACAGCCUGCUCUUCGUCCAGGUGACCAUGCUGGCCCGGCAGACCUGUCGUCGGUGGUACUACCCCCAGUUGCCGGAGACCAUGAUCUGCCUGCUCCAUCCCAGGGACAGGGGCGCCUGUUUCGGGGACUCCGGCGGACCGGCCACCUACGGGGGCAAGGUGGUGGGCCUGGCCAGUCUACUGAUCGGCGGAGGCUGCGGACGAGCGGCUCCAGAUGGCUACGAAAGGAUCUCCCAGCUGAGGACAUGGAUCACCGAGCAGGCGGGCUUGUAG